AUGUCGUCUAUAUUUACAUAUCAAGAUGAGCCGCCUCGAAUACAGAGUCCGUGGUCUACACCAGGCAAUACAACACCUCAGAUUCAAGGUGUAGCUACCUCGCAUGACACAGCUCUGUUGAGACCCAGCGACAGGACGAGAUUAGAGCCGGAGAAACAAGAUGGUCCAUGCGAAUACAAGCUGCAUCUGCUCCUUCGGGCCCGGCGCCAAUUCGCCUCCAUGUCAACAAGUACAGAAGGUCUCCCUGCCCCAAACCGUUCUCCUGCUGCGGCCAGUCUUCCCAAUAGUGGACGGUCUUUCAGUGAUAUUGCGCUCCACCGUUCAACGUACCAGCCCUCCCCGCAAACGCGACAAGCCCGUCUGCAACAGCCAACGACACAACUCCUAUGGCGGCUCCAGCAGUCAUCGCCCUUCCACUCUUCAUCUAAUGCCGAGCUGGUCCUGCCCGUACUACCCGAGGCAACUCCUCGCUUAGGUGUGCCUGAGCGUCCAGCCAAAUUACUGCCCGGGCUCGAGGAGAGCCAAGGAGCAUUGUACGAAAUCGGUGUUGCUGACGAUGGAACUCUUGUGGGUCUUGCCCACGAUGAGCUCGAAGAGUCCCUUAACAACCUUCGCGCCAUGGCUGCUAGUCUUGGCUGUGUUAUCGACAUCCUUCGCAGAGUAACUGUCGGCAGCUGCGAAUGGGCUCCUAUCGAUGACUCAGAUGAUGCCAAACUGGCCACAGGAGAUCUACUCGUUGCUGAGGUCCUCGUACGCCCUGAUUCGAGAGUUAUGCCUGAUAUCGAGUUAGCCCCCGCCGGCGUGCACGAUGAAGUUGCCCCGGUAGGUGGAGGUGUGCCGUCCAAGGCAGGUGCUGAGCAAUUGAGAGUGGCCUUGGCUGGCUCAUCGGCUGCUGGCAAGUCAUCACUUCUGGGAACGCUCACUACAUCAUCGACGGAUAACGGAAGGGGCAAAAGUCGGCUGUCGCUGCUCAAGCAUAGGCACGAAAUCGCUUCUGGCAUCACCAGUUCGGUUGCCCACGAACUACUGGGUUACAAGCGUGGCAGCAUGACGAAUGGUGUGGUUGUGAAUUACGCAUCUGGGGAUGUCACGACUUGGACUGACAUCCAUGGACUGGCCGAUCGCCUGUGCUUCAUUUCAGACUCUCCUGGCUUGUCGAGAUUCGCAAAGUCCACCUUUCGAGCACUGGUCUCGUGGAAGCCGGACUGGACGAUGUUCUGCGCUGCUGCUCAUGACGGCGAUCCUGCGUCGACAACAGAGCUCCAAAACUCGAAUCUCAUUGCUCACCCAGGGGCCGAUGCAACUGAUUUCACACUGGCGCACCUUGACCUCUGUUUGCGGCUCAACCUGAGAUUGUUGGUCGUCAUCACGAAGAUGGACGUUGCUACCAAGGUCAGUCUCCGGACGUGCCUCUCGAAAAUCCUUUCUGCGCUGAAAAAUGCAGGGCGAAAGCCGGUUCUGCUCAGUACAGCUUCUACGCCAUUGCCUGCCUUUGCUUUGGACUCGAGUGAUGCAUUGCCCGACUUGCAGAGGAUACGCUUAGACGAGCAAACUGAAAUCGACAAGGCGAUCGCUAUGAUUCAGGAUGAAUCAUCUACGGUGCCUAUUGUUAUGACGAGCGCCGUCACCGGGAGCGGCAUUGGCAAGGUUCAUACAUUUCUGAGUCAACUUCCAUUGACGAGCGAUCAUCCACCGGCUCCUACCGAGGUAUCUCAGGCUGGGCAUGUGCCGAUGUUCUACAUCGAUGAGGUCUUCGGUAUCCCGCCUGUACGAAUUUACAAUGCCGAUCCCUCGACCAAGCUAGGAGGAUCUGCUGGUGUUGUCCUGUGCGGCAGGAUUGCGCAUGGCAAGAUCCAGAUAGGUGACCUGAUGUGGAUUGGGCCGUUCUCAGCUGAUGAGACAAUGAUUGAUGCAGCGCUACCUCGCUCCAAAUCUUUCAGUGCGCACGACCUCCGCAGGGCUUCUCACAGCACGAAUGGGUUAUUCACGAAGCCGGCGAAUGAUGCUGGAACUCUAAGUCAGCCUCCUUUCCUACUGGUCAAGGUGGUGUCGCUGCGAAAUUUGCGGCUGCCAGUCCUGCAGCUACGAGUCGGUGAGACGGGUACGAUCGGCGUAGAACCCGAUGGCUCUAGCCAGGAGUCAAUGUCGUUGCAGAGGGCGCGAAAGGGUAUGGUCCUAGCCAAGAGCAAGGAUAGUCCGUCCGGGUACCGAAGUUUAGUGGCCAUAUUCCCUUCCAAGGACUUCCUUGUGCCCUCGCCACCUAUGCUUCUCGGCGGCCACGCCAUCGCGUACUUGAACAGUAUUCGUGCCGCCGUCAAAGUCGUGGCGCUGGCCCUGGUAGAGGAUGAGGUGGCCGAGCCUUCAUCUCCUGGCGCGAUGUUCCCGUUCGAUAGCGAUCAGCUCGAUAAUGAGGAUCUGUCUGGGCGAGAAGUCAGGAUCACGCUAAGAUUCGUCAGUACGGUGGAAUUCGCGGAAGUGGGUGAUCAGGUAUUGGUGGUGCCGACGGUGAGCGCGGCCGGGCCUGUGGCGGGUCCUGGGCUCGGAUCGACGGGGCUGGCGGGCUUUGUUGGGUCGAUUACUGAGGUGGUGCCAUGA